GUUGUGUCAAAUGCUGCUGGACAGGGGGUUGCCAUCACUGGGAAUAAUACUUUCAACAACUGGAAUUGGCCUAAUGCUGUGAUCUUUGCUGCUACUGUGAUCACUACAAUCGGUUACGGAAAUGUUUCUCCAAAGACACCCUCUGGGCGUCUCUUCUGCAUAUUUUAUGGGCUCUUUGGAGUUCCUCUCUGCUUGACAUGGAUCAGUGCUCUGGGGAAGUUCUUUGGAGGACGUGCCAAGAGGCUGGGCCAGUUUCUGACGAAAAGAGGAGUAAGCCUGAGGAAAGCACAAAUUACGUGCACAGCUAUUUUCAUUGUUUGGGGUGUCUUGGUCCAUCUGGUUAUUCCUCCUUUUGUCUUUAUGGUGACUGAAGGAUGGGAUUACAUUGAAGGCCUCUAUUUCUCCUUCAUCACUAUCACCACCAUAGGAUUUGGAGAUUUUGUUGCUGGUGUAAAUCCAGAUGCAAACUAUCACGCCCUUUACAGAUAUUUUGUGGAGUUAUGGAUCUAUCUGGGACUAGCUUGGCUUUCACUCUUUGUUAACUGGAAGGUCAGUAUGUUUGUGGAAGUCCACAAAGCAAUCAAGAAACGGAGGAAAAAAAGAAAAGAGUCAUUUGACAACCAUCCUCGGUCUAAAAAGCCCCUUCAAAUGGGUACCUCAAAGGAUGUGAACAUUUUUAGCUUCCUUUCAAAGAAGGAAGAGACCUACAAUGAUCUUAUUAAGCAAAUUGGGAAGAAGGCCUUGAAGACAAACAAUGACAAAAUAAUUAAAGUAGAAAAUGCCAAACAAAAUAUGCAGAAUGCUUGUAUAGAUGCCCAAGUGACUUACACAAAGACAGAGUCAUUUGAGUACGAUGAGGCUUCCCUGGACAUUCAAAAUGGUCAUGUACUGAGACCCCUGCAUGAUAAACGCAUCGGAGACAGCCCUCUAGAAGGAACCAUGUUCGUAAACCAGCUGGACAGGAUUAGUGAAGAAGAAGGUGAAGUGUGGGACUCCAGAGACUAUCGACCCUUAAUAUUUGAGAAUGCCAAUAUAACAUUUGUAAAUGAAGAUGAUGAUGAAGAGGAAGGUAUCUCAGAUGAUGAGGAAACGUCAAAAUCCUCCAUGGAUGAUAAUCUCGCAGAGGAACCUGAAACUGCAAAAAAACUGGUAAAAUUCCCAUCCUCUGAUGAAUCUACCUUUACCAAUAACGAGCUAGAACUUUCUGUGCCUUAUGAACAACUGAUGAAUGAAUAUAAUACAGUAAGCAAUGUGAAGGCUGCCACGUGA